AUGUAAGAAAGCUCUCAAUAGAAUUUGAAUGGCUAAAAUAGCUCUGAUAAAAUAAAUGAACCUUUGUUAAACAAAUAAAUACCUGUCCAUGAAUCAGAAGCUCCUCCUAAAAAAGAUAAGAAUAAAAUAACUUUUUUGCAAGAAAAUGAGUUGACAAGAGAAAAUGUCCCUAGACAAAUUUAUGAUUUAAUAGUAGAAUCUAUUCCAAAUGUUGCUACAAACUUAGGUAUAUUCUACUAUAAUUUUAUUAAUAUGUUUUUUGUGAGAUAAAUUGGCUCUACAUAAGCUAUAGCCUCUUUUGGAAUGGGAGUUACCUGGUUUAACUCUACUACUUUAUGUGUACUAGUAUCUAUUGGAAGUGGUCUUUUUAUAUAAUUAGCACAGGCAUAUGGUGCAAAAAAUUUUAAAUUAAUGACUGAACUUUAUCAAAGAUGUUAAGCAAUUAAUAUGGCUAUAGGUAUUAUUAGUGGUAUACUCUUAUAUAAUACAAAAAAUGUCUUAAUAGCUCUUGGCAUUAAUGAAGAAAUAUCCUCCUUGACUGAGGAAUUUUCUUUGUCUUGCAUACCAUCAAUAUUUGCAACUGUUUUCUAUGAUACUACAAAAUAAUUAUUCUUUUCUUAAAAUGUUUUUGACAUUCCAAUGAAAGUUUAACUUAUUGUAUAUUUUAUUCAUCCUUUUUGGUGCUUUAUUUUCUCUAUAAUGUUUGAAUUUGGAAUUUCUGGAAUGGGUAUUGCUAGAACGGUCUCUGAACUUUCUGGUUAUUUAUUACUUUGCUUUUUUAUAAAAAAGAGGCAUCUUUUUGUUGAAAUUUGGAACUAGCCAUAUAAUUUUUAAUCUAUGUUUUAAGAAUGGAUUCCAUUUUUAAAAAUUUCUAUUCCAGUUGGAUCUCUUGUUUUUCUUGAAUGGAUUUUCUUUGAGCUAUAGACUAUAAUAGUCGCUAUGUUAGAUGAUGCUAAUAUUUUGGCUGGAUAAACUUCUUUUACCAGUAUUAUUAUGUUUUUCUACAUGGUGCCUCUUGGCCUGUCUUACACAACAAAUAGUUAUUUAGGUAAUGCUGUUGGAGAAGGCAAAAAGAGGUAAUGUUAAAAUUUCAGUAAAAUCUCAAUGAUGACAUGUUUUGUGGAAUUUGUUAUUAUGCUUUUUGUAGGUAUUUUGUUAAAAGGAUUUUUUACAGGUAUAUUCUCAACUGGUCCUGAAAUGGAGCAUUACUUUACUUAUGCUUAUGAUAUGUACUUAUAUACUUUUUUGCUUGGUGAUUAUUAUUAAGUUAUUUUAAACGGUAUUUUGCGUUGCUGUGAUCUUUAAAACUAUGCUGCUUACUCUUAUUUUUUCGUUUAUUAUUUUGUUGGUUUGCCAUUAACUUAUUUCUUCACUUUUCCUUGUGGAUUGGGUUUAGGAGGAGUUUGGCUGUCCUAAUCAUUUUCAGCAACUGCUGUUUCUAUCAUUUUUUAUUUGAGGAUUCUUAAAAUUGAUUGGGACCAAUCAAUAUAAUAAGUUUAAAAAAGAGUUUAGUUCGAAAAAUUGAAUAUUCAAGAUGUAGAAAUGAAGUAGAUUCUAUAAAAUGAAAUUAGCAUUGAUUUACUUACUCCUCCUCAAAUGCUUUAAGAAAAAUGA